AUGAAAGCAAUUUAUUCGUCCUUGCUUGUUUUGCUGUUGAUCCCUUGUCUGAUGUUGCUUCAACAACUUGGGCAUAAGGCCUCUUUUGCCAUGGCAACAAGACACCAAGCCUUAUCAGCUUUGACUUCUCCUACGGGUGCAGCAGCUUCUUCCCAUCGUGCCCAUCUGUCCUACGAAUUGCAGGCAGUGCCAAAGAGGAUAAUGAGAGGGCUUCACAGGCCCCGGACCCGGCCCCCACCUCCAAAUAUCAAUCACCCUACUCAUUUUCGCCGUUCCAUGCCAUAUCCACCUCUAGAACCACCACCACCAUCAUUUGCACCACCGCCACCACCUCCAGGCUUAGACAGUGGAUACACAGGCAUUGCUUCUGCAAUUGCCGGGGCAAUAUUACCUCCUCAAGUAGGUGUUUCGGCUAUGCCUAGUAGAGCUCCAUCACCACCCCCCAAGAGCCGUGAUCCUACUCAUCCUUUCAUAUCUUCUAAUUGCCCACCACCGGGAUGUGUGAACAAAGCCUAUGUCGCCUUGGCAGCAGCGAGAGUUUUAGAAGAACCCUUCUCAGCUUUGGCUUUUGAUGCACCGCCUUCUUUUUCCCACGAUGCUCUGUCUCACUAUGAUUUCAGGGCAGCACUGCGAGGGCGAACUAGGAGACCUAGGCUUUCUCCACCAUCUCCAGUUAUCAAUACCCCUAUUCAUUUCAAGAGUCCACCACCUCCAUCUCAUCCACCGCCGUCGCCGCCACUAGCACCGGCACCGCCGCCACCAUGUUAA